UUUCGGCUCUCCGGUGACGCACGCACCCACGCGCGCACACGCACGCUCACAAACAAAACCCUUACUCCGGUGUUGAUAACGGAAGUUCACCGCGGCGAUUCAACCGAUAACGGAAUUCACCUGCACGUUUACUUUCUCCGAGCCGUGCGUUUGGCUGAUGGAGCGCUACGAGUCUCUGGGUCUGGUCGGAGAGGGAAGCUACGGCACGGUGCUGAAGUGCCGGCACCGAGACUCCGGCCGCCUCGUCGCCAUCAAGAAGUUCGUGGACUCGGACGACGACAAGGCGGUGAAGAAGAUCGCCCUGAGGGAGAUCAAGCUGCUGAGGCAACUGCGUCACGACAACCUGGUGAACCUUCUGGAAGUGUGGAAGCGCCGCCGCCGCUGGUACCUGGUGUUCGAGUUCGUGGAGCGAACCCUUCUGGACGACCUGGAGCAGAACCCGAGCGGCCUGGACCUGAACACCAGCCGGCAGUACCUGUACCAGAUCCUGAGGGCCGCGGCCUUCUGCCACCAGCAAAACAUCAUCCACCGGGACAUCAAACCGGAGAACAUACUCAUCUCUCAGGGGGGCGUGGUCAAGAUGUGCGACUUUGGCUUCGCCCGGACCAUGGCCUCGCCCGCUGAGGGCGGCGUCUACACGGACUACGUGGCCACCCGCUGGUACAGAGCGCCAGAACUCCUGGUGGGAGACACCAAGUACGGCAAACCGGUGGACGUGUGGGCUGUUGGUUGUCUGUUAUUAGAGAUGUUAACGGGUCAGCCCCUGUUCCCCGGAGACUCCGACCUGGACCAAAUCUACCACAUCGUCAGGUGCUUCGGCAACCUGACAGCUCAUCACCAGGAGUUGUUCUACAGGAAUCCCGUCUUCUCCGGAGUCAGACUGCCUGAAUAUUCUUGCAGAGUCCGACUGGAGCAGCGCUUCCCUGUAAUCGCACCCGCCGCCCUGGACCUGGCUCAGAGUUGCCUCGAGAUGGAUCCGGAAAGACGAGCUCAGUGUUCAGAACUGCAAGAACAUCCUCUGUUCACGCAAGACUCUUUUCACAUCAGAUUUUUGGACGAGUUGAAUGCCAAGAUCCAAAAAGACCACAGAGAAAACUCCACCCUCCCAAAAAUAACCAAAACAGCAAGACGAGAAAGGAACGAAGGGGAUGACAAGAGACAACGAAGCAAAGACAAGAAGCCAUCUGAAGGUGUAGAUGAAAAAGUCAACAAGGAAACAAAAGGAAAGCAAACGUUGAAGUUUUCUAAAACAAUUCGGAACACCUCUGAACCAUUGAUGUCCACCAAACAAGUCAAAACAUUAGGCGCAAAGAUGAUCAAUAAUGCAGCAAAGACGACCGUGGCCAUGAAAGGUAAACCGGGAAAAGCCACUGGUGCAGAGCUGAGAAAGGAACCACAGCUUUUUAAAUCAACUAAAACCCUUACUUUUGAUUCAUUGGAGGUUGCCAAGACUGCAACAGAUCUGAAAGACAAUGACACAGUGGCAGAUGAACCUAAAGUUGCUUCUCCAGAGCCAAGGCAAGGCCAUUUGAAAACUAUGGAUUCAAAAGACAGAGAUUCUAGUGGCAUGCAUUCUAGUUACUCAGACUACAUUGUGUCAAGUGUGACUGAGAGAAAUGUGAUGGGGAUCAGGAAAUCAUCAAAAUCUGAGCCAAGUCAAGACUUUGGGAAGAACCACUCAAACUCAAAAGUGCCCAAUUUGUCUAAAAGCUCCCAUUCAAACGAGAGUUUAUCUCCAAAAGCUUCUAUGAAAUCCACCAUUGAUCGUACAGACACCCACUUAACACAGAAAAUGGGUAAAAUGUCCACUUCAGAAUAUCUUGAAGGUGCCUCAACAGCUGUAACUUCUAAAUUAGCAAACAGUGAUCAAUUAGAGACAAAGUUGACAUGUAAAGCGUCUCAACCAUCAAGCAAUGACCACAUUGAGGUUACUACCACAACUAUCCCUUCUGUCACCAAGCCAUGCAAGACAACUUCAGUGCACCGGUCGACCAUGAAGACAGAUCAAAGAGGGACACCUGAAUGCCCAAAGGUCUUACCCUCAAACCCCAGACCACUCAAGACUAACUCAAACUUCGGCCCCAAAAUGACCCAAAACCAUGCAUCUUUGUCCAACAGCCCUUCAGAUCUUUCAACGCAGUCCUCCACAGUUUUUAGAGAGGCCAGUCCUGCCCACAGCACUAUAACUCUACCUAAAGGAACCUCAAAUACAAUGUUGUCCAAAACUGGCUCUUCUUUACACACUAAACCCUCAAAUGACAGCACAUUUGUCCCCAACAAACCUCCGAGAGGCCUUCCAACAGACAGAGAACUUGCAGAAGUGUAUAUCGCAACCAAAACUCAGCAGGAUAGUUGUAAUGCUUUAAACAAGGACCUCACGGAAGAUCACGGAUGCUUGAAGAUGAGCCCGGUGACUAAAACAGCUGCAAACCACAGUGAGAUAUCUGAUGCUUCGGCUGGAGAUUAUAAAGGUAGUCCUGAGUUCUUGGAGCCAUCCAGUGUCCAUCAGGAUUUCGGCACUGUUAAGUCCAAGAUCACCUUCAGAACAACCUCAACCUCCAUGCCGAACGACAUCCCUAAAAUCAACACGACAGGAGGGGCCGCUAUUCUGAAAACGUUGAAAGUCUCUGACAAAGAGAACCGGGAGGAUUUAGCGCUUCCUGUGUCCGUCAGUGCGAUAACCAAAUCUUUAGUUAAUCAACCCUCAAAGGUUUCUAGAAACUCAAAUAUUGAGCAAAAGAGCAACAGCAAUCAAGUUGAACCUGACACAAAAUCCAUGAAACCCCCUCACUUCAAGUCUUUGAUCGGAGACGCUAAAAAGCCAACAAAGUCCAACGCAACAAUGACCCUAAAGAAAACUAACUGUCCUACAGAGGCCAGAAAGAAGAGAGACAACCCAGAAAGGGACGACACAACAAAUAUAUCCACGAUCGCAGAUUCGACUUCAUUCACCUCUACAGCAACUCCAGACCCCAAAGCUUCGACAAGAAGCUCACUCUUUCACAACAGGGGCACCGCAGACGUUGAUGAGUUUGAUUUCAGCAUAGAUCCUUCCUCUCCACCACCUCCACCUCCUCCUCCGUCCUCCACUCCUCUCCUCCUCCCUCCUUCCUCCACACCCAUCAUCCCCUCCUUCUGUGCCGUCAGCCCGGCUGCCAGCGAUCACCUUUCCCUGGGGGCAGGUUUCCAUUCGGGGGUCCACAGCUUCAGGUGUGUCGACCAUCCGAGGCAUCACAGUGGCGUCUACGGUCGACUGUCCAGCCACGCCACAGGAGCCCUCACUGCACAGGUGUCGGAGAAGAAUCCGACCUGCGAGCGCCCCUUCCUGUCCGAUCGCUGUAACCUCGGUAACAGCGGAGGCGUUGCAGCGACCAAGAAGAAGUCGGACGUCCAUUUUCCAGAUCUGAGAAGCUCAGUGCUGCCAGAGGUCCGAGGAAGAGAAGGCAAACACAACAAAGGCACUUCCAAGGAUCAGAGGAAAGACAAACUACCAGCUCCUCCAUCAGAACCAGAGCAGCACGGACGCAACAGUACCGACACACAAACACCAUAAAACACCUUUAUUUUAAUGCAACGCCACCUUCAC